AUGGACUCAGAAACCAAGGAAGAAAUACCUUUGCUUGAGGAAUUUGUUCUCUGUGGUGGAAUUGAAACCCAGGUUCUGAAAUGUGGCCCCUGGACUGACCUUUUGAAUGAGAAAAAUAUCAAUAGGCCUAAAAUGCUUAUUGUCAUUAUUCCUGGUAACCCAGGUUUUUCUUUCUUUUAUAUACCGUUUGCAAAAGCUUUGCAUUCCUUGACUGGUAAAUGCUUUCCAGUUUGGAUUAUUUCUCAUGCUGGACAUGUAUUGCCCCCCUCAAACCAAACAGUGCUUUCAACAUCACAAGAUCCAAAUGCUCAAGAAAUUAAGGACGUCUAUGGGUUGAAUGGCCAAAUAGAACACAAACUGGCUUUUCUGAAAACUCAUGUGCCCAAGGAAAUGAAACUUAUGCUCAUUGGCCAUUCAGUAGGCAGCUAUAUUGCUCUUCAGAUGUUGAAGCGAGCCCCUGAGCUCCCAGUCUUUCAUACCUUUCUGCUGUUCCCAACAAUUGAACGAAUGUCUGAGUCGCCCAAUGGCAAGAUUGCCACUCCAUUAUUGUGCUGGCUUCGAUAUGUAUUCUAUAUUCCUACCUACUUAAUCCUUAAACUAUGUCCCGAGAUCAUCAAAUCCUUGUUUAUCAGAAUGAGCCUUCAUCUCAUGAACGUGAAGGCUGAAUUAUUGCCACAAGGUAUACUCCAUCCAUUCUGCAUUGCUAAUAUUGCCUACCUUGGGGCCCAAGAAAUGAUGCAGGUGGUGAAGAGAGAUGACGAAAUCAUAAAGGAAAAUUUAUCCAAGCUUACAUUCUACUAUGGCACAUUGGAUAGUUGGUGUCCAGUAAAAUACUAUGAAGACAUCAAGAAAGAUUUUCCAGAAGGAGAUAUUCGACUCUGUGAGAAAAAAAUACCUCAUGCUUUUAUCCUUGAUUUUAGCCAGGAAAUAGCUGCCAUAGUUGCUGACUGGCUAAAUGAUAAUCUGUCCAAAAUAUAAAUACUGACACAGAAACAAACACCUACAGCUAGUAUGUGAAACAGUAGGUGUCCUAUGCUUAAGACGUAAAUAUUUGAUUUUAAUGUUGGAUGUUAGAAAAGGAAAAAGUGAGUACUUCUUAGCUUCCCGGGCUUUAUGCUGAAGUGAGCAUAGUUGGUUGAUCAUUCAAAAGUUACAACCCAUUUUCCACACUCAGGGAACACAGUAAUCUAAACAACAUCUCUUUGCACAAGAUACCCAGUGGCACAAGAUAGUGGGUUUGGGUCAGCAGGAUCCUUGGGUGGGGUGCUAAAUGUAGGUGGCUUUAGUUGAGUUGUCGAAUAGACUGUCCUGGAGGAAACCAUGACGUACCUGCUAGAAAACAGAAAAGAGAUGAGUGAAUCUGAAGUGCACGGCCUGAUAUGUGAAUGGCACGGGAUGGUGACAAGGACAGCCUCCUUAUCCUUCCUCCAGCAGGAAGGGGACUUGGGUUUCCUUUAGAGACCGAAGAUGAAAAUCAGCCCAGACUAACUAUGUAUAGGUCUUGGCUGAAAUUAUCCGUGUGACUUCAUGUUUUUCCUGAUUUGACCAAUACUCAAGUUUGCCAGACAUUUAUAUGGUCAACUCACCAAUUCUGGAUCCCAACUCCACCUUCUGCUGCAGGGCAACCAACAAGCAGGCUCCAGGCUGAGCCUUAACCGGCCACGCCCUCCAGAGCCAGGCCAGGAGGCAUGGGGCUGUCCAGAAUCAGAUGUCUAUGGCCAGCCAUGCAGUUGCUGUGUCUAUGAUUCUUGUACUAAAGCUCGAUUGAAGACCAGACACAAGCCAGGUACUUACUGGACUAGCCAUUAAUGCUAAUGUUCUUACCUACUUCUGAAAAUGUCUUAGUAAAUAACUUUUGGAUAGGCGCUCUAAAUUGCUGAGUCAGAGUAGUCAUAUAAAUUGGUUCUCCAUUUGCAUUGACUUUAGUUAGAAAGAAAUCAUUUCACUAAUGAACCCAAGUGUUAACUAUUGAAUUUUGUGAAUUUGCCUUUCCUGGACACUUAAAGUCUAGUAAAGAAGAAGCCUGUUUCUGGCUCGUGAAGGGACAAUAAGAGUGCUACUUCCCUAAACCGACUCAAUUCUGAGACCUUCGGGGCCAACAAAUGCCACUGUGUGCACUACCACUGUGUUGCCUAUCAGUCAGAAGCAUUCCAUUUCCAUUUCUCAGGGGAAAAGCUCUCGUGCAUCCUCAUUCCUUCCAUCUAAACUGAAAGCCCCCGGGUGAGCCAUUCCCUUCUGACGAUGUGCUGUCUACCCCCCCCCCCCCGCCCCCAGCAUGGCUUCCUGCCAAAGCAAUUGACUUAGAAGGGAGAAGCCACAGUUUAGAUCAGGAGUGCUGUUGUCCCAGGGAAAGAGACAGGAGGUACUCAGGCAGCUCCAAGUCCAGGCUGCACAAGUCUUAGCCUUAGGGGAGUCUUGGAAGCUGACGUUGGGAGCCGGGACUCACCUCUGAGAGCCUCGCACACCCGAGAGGCUCAAUAGCAUGGAACUGAUGCAUGUAAACAAGUGCUGCUCAGUCAGGUCGCCCAGAAGCAAGAGUCGCAUCCACUGCUUUUCUGUUAGAAGUUAAUUUACAUUACUCUGUGUUUCCAGUCUGCUUUAUGAAAUUUUAUCUUUUGUUUUUGAGAGAACUUAAAAGAUGCUGGCUCUUGAUUCCUUUUCCUCAUCUAACCACCUAAUUAAUUUUCAAAAUAAAUGUUUUAUCAGCACUUAGA